GGGCCCUGGACGGUCGGCCGGCGGGCUCCACUCCGGCCGCUCCUCUCCCUCUCCCUCUCCCUCUCCACGGCAGUCUCCCCCCCACCAGUCCUCCAGUCUCCACUCCACUGAUGCGGCGCGGCUGGCUGGUUGGUUGCAGACAACGCCGCUGGGCUUAAACGCGCGACGCCCGAGGACGCUUAGCUUGUUUCUUGCAGCUUAAUGCGGGAAGCAACUACAUUACUACCUCACCACCAGACCCACCACCACCACCACUGACCGGCUGGCGGCAGCGCUCCGGUGAGGAGCAGUGGAGGAGAGCAGAGCAGGUGGCACACACUAGCACCGCGACGGCGACGGCAUGAAGGGGCACCAGCAUUCGUCCUCUCCGCUGCUGCCGACGCCGCCGCCGAGCAAGCGCCGCUGCAGCGGGCUGGCGGCGGCCGUGCCGGCGCUCGUCGUCUGCUCCACGCUGCUCCCGCUCGUCUACCUCCUCGUCCUCCACCGCCCCGCCGCAGGGUAUGGAUCGGACGACCGCGCCGCCGUGGUCAUCAGCACCGAGCUGGCCGGCGUUGGGGCGCGUGGCAAGCGGCAUCUGGAGAAUGGGGGCGCCAUGAAGCACAAGCUGCUCAAGGAUGUUUCCAAAAAGGUGUCUGGAUCUAAUGGGAUUCCGGCUGAGAGAUCUACUAGAUCAAAGUCUAACAAGGAUCAUGCUAUCAAAUCAAAAGCAAAGCUCAAGGGUGCUUUCUCUUUAAUUGGACUAAAUAAUGACACCUUCAAAAGUAAAGGACCUCGUACCCCCAAAAGGUAUCAAUUGAAGGACUUGUCCUGGAGAUCAAAGGAUACAACUGUUAAUGGGAAAGAGAACUAUGGUCAAGAGGCAGUGCAUGAGGAGUAUACCAAGUCCUGUGAACAUGAAUAUGGGAGUUACUGCCUCUGGUCUACUGAACAUAGGGAAGUAAUGAAGGAUGCCAUUGUCAAGAGGCUUAAAGAUCAACUUUUUUUGGCGAGAGCUCAUUAUCCUAGCAUUGCAAAAUUGAAGCAACAGGAAAGAUUUACACGUGAACUGAAGCAAAACAUCCAAGAGCAUGAACGCAUGCUGAGUGACACCAUCACAGAUGCUGAUCUUCCACCAUUUUUUGCAAAGAAGCUGGAGAAGAUGGAGCAUACAAUUGAGAGAGCCAAGUCUUGUGAAGUAGGAUGCUCGAAUGUUGAGCGAAAACUUAGGCAGCUACUUGAUAUAACUGAAGAUGAAGCUUAUUUCCAUACAAGGCAGAGUGCAUUUCUAUAUCAUCUUGGGGUCCAGACUACGCCGAAAACUCACCAUUGCUUGAACAUGAGAUUGACAGUAGAAUAUUUCAAAUCCAGAUCAAGUCAUAUGGAUCAGUUAAAUGAGCAGGAGCUUGAAAGUCCUACCUUCCAUCACUAUGUAAUAUUUUCCAAGAAUGUACUUGCAGCUUCCACCACUAUCAAUUCAGCAGUUAUGAACUCCCAGAACUCGGACCACAUUGUUUUCCAUUUGUUCACUGAUGCACAAAACUUUUAUGCGAUGAAGCAUUGGUUUGAUAGAAAUUCAUACUUGGAGGCAACUGUUCAUGUAACUAACAUUGAGGACAACCAGAACCUCUCUAAGGAUAUGCAUUCCCUUGAGAUGCAACAGUUAUGGCCCGCAGAGGAAUUUCGUGUCACAAUUCGUAAUCAUUCUGAACCUUCCCAGAGGCAGAUGAAAACUGAGUACAUAUCUAUUUUCGGCCAUUCACAUUUCCUCUUGCCUGACCUUCUUCCUAGCUUGAAUAGAGUAGUUGUUCUGGAUGAUGAUUUGAUUGUCCAGAAAGACUUGUCAUCUCUGUGGAACCUCGAUAUGGGUGGUAAAGUGAUUGGUGCUGUCCAGUUCUGUGAAGUGAGAUUAGGCCAGUUGAAACCUUAUAUGGCAGACCAUAAUGUCAAUGCUAAUUCAUGUGUGUGGUUAUCUGGCUUGAAUGUCGUUGAAUUGGAUAAAUGGAGGGACAUGGGCAUUACAAGUUUGUAUGAUCAAUCGUUCCAAAAGUUGCGAAAGGACCGCCUGAAAUCACAGCGAUUUCAGGCACUCCCUGCAAGUUUACUUGCCUUUCAAGAUCUGGUAUAUCCUUUGGAAGAUUCAUGGGUUCAAUCAGGCCUUGGACAUGAUUAUGGAAUUAGUCACGUCGAUAUAGAAAAGGCUGCUACUCUGCACUAUAAUGGUGUGAUGAAACCUUGGCUUGACUUGGGGAUACAUGAUUAUAAGAGCUACUGGAGGGAGUACAUGACUAAUGGAGAGAAGUUCAUGACGGAAUGCAAUAUUCACUGAUUAAUAUUGGACAUGAAAUGCACCAACACUCAUUUUUGAUCAUUUGAACCACAGACUUCAAGGGCUUUGUUUAAAUGAUGAGGUUAUCAUGAAAAUAAACAGAAUCGCUCCUGGCCUGCAGUAUCUAUGAUGACUCAAAUCCACCCCUGACGAGGCGGUUCUCAAUCAAAUACCAAAAGGAGAAUAGGAUGAAAAGCUUUCUGCAUAAAACUGCCAAUGUUGCCAUAACAGCAUCUACGAUGUCUGAAGGACUCCAGCAUGAAGCCUGAGUUAUAUUGCAGAAUACCAAGAUAUAAUGUAGAUUAUUUCACACUGUUUGUUAUGAUUUGAUGAGUUUUUUCUUUUUUCAUAUGCAGCUGGACAUUGCAAAAGUGCAGUUCCUUGCUGCUCAUUUUUAGUGUAAAAUCUUUGGUGCUAUUCUUUUUGCUCAUUAAGUCAUUAUGUAAGAGCAAUACUACUGAGGGAGUCCAAUGUUAACUGCAGCACAGCAUGUACAGGGAACAACAAAUGAUGCCUGAAUUAGCAAGUAUUUUUCUUGUGAUUCUUUGCAGCAAGGCUUGCAUUUGUUAUUGUUAGAUGUUGAUAUCCCGUUGACGACAUAACAAAUGGUUAUUUGUUCUGCUCAAUGUCAUUCUUUGGCUUUAUAGGAUCUUUUUGUUUCUUUUUAGGAAAAGUAUAGGAUGUUUUUGUAGUGCAAAUCCCAGAAGGAAUGGGAAUUCAGAUAGGUUUCUAGCAUAAUUUGGAUGUCGGUCCUGCGACCAAGCACAGCAAAUGAAAAAAAGAAGGAACUGUGUUCUUUGAUA